AUGCAGCGUGACCUCGACUACCUGCGAGACGAAGACCGUCUGCUGGAUAUCAAGCGCCGGUACCACACCGUGGUGGAGAUCGGGAGCCGGGCAGUCGACGACGACAUGAUGGACAGGCUGGUUGCGCUGAACCGCGACAAGGACGCAGAGUAUGACGUCGAGGUGGAACGGCGAGUCAUGGACGAGGAGAUGCCGCAGUUUGAGCCCGAGUCGCUGGACGCUGUCGUCAGCAGCCUGUCGAUGCACUGGGUCAACGAUCUGCCUGGCAUGAUGAUCCAGAUCAGAAAGGCGCUGCUGAGAACGUCGCUGCAGCUGGCUGACGUCGACCGGGACGGCGGAAUUGCAGCUCGGGUUUCGCCACUUACCGAUACGCGCGACAUGGGCAGUCUGCUGAAGCGCGCCGGACUCACCCUGUCGACUGUUGAUGUCGACAACAUUAUUGGCAACUCGGUGGUCCAGCGGAUGCCGUUCCUGAAGCGGGAUACGCUGCUGGCGGCCUCGGCAAUUUACAAAGAGAUGCAUGGAAACAAGGACGGUACAAUUCCAGCUACGUUCCAGGUCAUAUACAUGAUUGGGUGGAAGCCUGACCCGUCGCAGCCCCAGCCGCUUCCGCGUGGGUCGGGGGAGGUGUCACUAGGCGAGAUGUUCAACGAGAAGGCACACAAGCUUUAGCAGGGGUGGAAAAGCACAUCACGCCGGCUUUCCCUUCGUUCCGCCGCGCCGCGAAGGGUGUGGGCGGAGCCAAAGAGAGAUACGUGGGUGACACAUUUGUAGUGAAUAAAAAAGCGUGCUU